CAGAAAAGCCAUCAGCCAAAAAAGUUGUCCGAACGAAAAUGACUGCCUUCAUGUCGUGUCCGAUAUUUUUCGCGUAAAACGGUUGAAUUCGGCACGAUAUCCGGUCUGUAGUGAUACAUCCGGUGUCCACAGCUGACGUCUCGUGAAGUGCAAGUGUUGUGGGGGCCAGCAUUUCCGGUUUGGUGUAGUUUUGGGAGUGCCAGAAAAGGAAUCUGUGUCACCGUAAUCUUGUUCGGAAGGGGUCGAUGGACGGUGCAGAGGUGAAGAUGCAGGAAGGGGCCAAAGUGUUGGAACCUGAGCUUCGACCGGAUCAACCCGAUGGGCCGUAUUGUCGGUUGUGCUUCAACGAAGCCGAGGAUCUGAGUCCGCUGUUUCCUCCGGCCAGCAUUCCAAAAAAGGAACUGCUGCAUAAGAUAUUCGAUUGCACUACAGUAACGUUGAGUUUUCGAGAUGAUCACAAUGCACAAAUCUGCACCGGUUGCGUCGUAAAUAUAGAAGCUUUCUUCAAGUACAAAAUAAAAUGCGUCGAAAAUGACAAAACAUUGCGAAAGCGACGAAGUCAUUUCUUCUCCGGACUGGGGCUUAGCUCCGAUCCCGUUGAUAAAUCAUCAGCAGAGAGUAACGAUGAAAGGAAGACCUCAGAUGUUAAGGCCGAUGAAUCCUCCAACUAUGGAAUUAAAGAAGAACAGAUGAAUGACGACGACGAGGAUGAUGAUGAUUAUUUCAACCCAGAUCAGUUUCUGGCCCAAGAAACUCAAAUUGGAGACAAGCAGCUAGAUCAGGCCACCAUCAAUGGGAAUGGAGGCUUCGAGCGAGGAUUUAAAACGACGGAAUUUUCGUCCCAUCCGGGAAACCCGGGACUGAAACCGUUAAAAAUAACCGACUACUCGAACAUGACCGGCCAUCCAGGCCGGCCCCAGAAAUUCAUUACCACUGUUCCAACGGAACGCCUUAUGGCUCCACGACCGAGCCAGUAUCCCAAUUCAUUCCACGGUACAUCCUCGUUGCCGCAACGCGAACAGCGUGGUUUCGAAGGUGCCUUCCGAGAUCAUCUGCACACGAGCAACGGGAACAACCGGGGAGCUCAGCACGGUUCGCCCCUCAGUGCUAUUGGCAAUCGGUUCGAGCCCUAUUCGUCUAGCUACGUCGACCAAACGCGAAAAGUGCAGAAAUUCCUUGAUGAUGGGCUACGCGAUUUGAUCCUACAGGCCGGCAAACCCAAUGUAAACUUUGCUAUGGACGGUAGCUACACAAACUUCAAGGUGGUCAAGGCUCGUUGCAACUCGUACAAUUUGAUUUUCGAAUCCAACCGCUUCCUUCGGCGUAACAAAUCGUGCAGUGGUUUGCCGAAGUGGUACUGGGCCUGCAGCAACAAUAGCUGUUUGGUCAAGAUUUGCAGCUACCGGGGCCGGUUGUACAAAACCAAUGACAAGAUCAACCACAACCACCCACCGACCGAGCUGGACGAUUCCAAGUUGGACAUCGUGCUGCCGCAUCAUAUCGAUGAGAUCAUGCAGCAGCAGCACCCGACGCCACCAUCGACGCCGAACGAUGCCCUACAAGCGCAAGCUUUGCAGUUGCAACAGCGUCAACAUCAACAGUAUCUCUUACGCCAGCAACAGUUCCAGCGAAUGCAACAGAUGCAACAACAACAGCGUCAGCAGCAACAGCAGAAGAUUCCUGCCAUGAAGCAGCCGAAGAUUGAGAAGGAAUAUUCGGAAGACAAACCCGGUUCGUACGAGAUUGUGAAAGAUGAAGAGGGCGGUGAGUGCUUGAUGUACAAGGAUCAUAAGCACAAGCCGAGUGAAUCGAAAGAGGAAGGCGUGAAGAUAUGGAAAUGUACUCACACGAAUGAAGAUGAUGAGUUGUGCACAGACACGCUUCGUCAGUUUGCUGAUGGAAAAAUCAAAAUCGAGAGAAUCGUUGUUAGAGAACCGUCGGAUGAUGAAGAUGAAAACACUAACAGCAAUGACGGUGAAUUGAAGGAAAUGGAUUCGGGAAGGGGCAGAAGUCGAGCUCCGCGGAUUGCCGUAUGGGAAGGAUAUCAUUACAAAUACUGCCACGCAAGGCCAGAGGGCACAUUUUAUUGGCGGUGCGUUCUCAAACAGGACAACAACUGUCUGGCUUCGUUGCAUACUAAGGCAAGUUUCGAAUUCAUCAAUCUGAAUGAUCAAACUCAUAAUCAUGAUCCGCCAGAACCUUCUACGCAGCUGGAGAAUGCAAUCAUGUGUAUGAUCACUCCAGCAAAGAAACCCGUGAAUGCUCCACCCAGCGGAUCAACAGACUUCCAACUAGUUAAGAGUGGUCAGAAAAGAGAAUUUUUGCUUUACCAAGGCUAUCGGUAUUACUUCCAGUAUGAAUCGAAAAGUGGUAAGCGCUCGUACCGAUGUACGUCUUUCCGAAACUGCCCGGCCGGAGCUUUUCUCAUGCCAGACAAUACAAUCCAAGAGGCUAAAAACUUUGUCCAUACACACCCUCCUACGGAUGAUCUCGAAAAGUAUGUAACGAAGGACAGUCUUAUAACCAGUCCUAUCAAGGACAAUGAUGGCAACCCGAGUCGACAGCAGACGUCAGUGGCUGACAGUGGUCGAUUCCCGAGGGUCAAUGAACAGCCACCGCCCAACCCUGUUCGCAGCGAAGAAGUGGCACGGGCAAACGGUUACAAAAUUAUUUUGAAUUACAAAAAUAAAGAGAUCCUGAUAUAUAACGGAUGGCGAUACUUUGUUGAUUACAAGAAGAAAAACGGCGGCCAAGUGUGGCGUUGUUCGUCGCAUCGUUUGUGUCGAGGAGCGGUUCAUCUUUUCCCGGAUGGUUCUAUCAACUACGUCAAGCUGAUUGACCAUAAUCAUCAGCCACCAAGGCGUAACGUUUACAGCACUCCAUUGCCACUGGAUUCCAGUACCGAUGGCGAAAAUAGUUUAAACAGAAGCUAUCCUGGUGGAAUGUUGCAAUCAUCAUUGGACCUAUCAAUCAACGCAUACGCUCCUCCGGCUCAUCGGUUCAUUCUUCAUCAAGGUCAUCGAUUCCGCUUUGCUACCCGUAAACGAGAAGGAACCAUAUAUUGGCGCUGCGCCAUGAGGCUAGAAACUAAAUGUCCGGUUUCUUUCCACACCAAGGAGGACACUUACGAGCUGGUCAGUAUGCGAAACCAUGACCAUAAUCAUGAAAUACCGGAAGUGUGGCCAGAAAUAGCCGGCGGUCAAAUAGACGAAGAACUGCCGACGGUGAAAAAACCGCAGGAAGAAAUCGGCACGUCCGACUACAUUUUGACUAAAAACUCCAAGGGACGUGACGUUGUGCUCUAUCAGAAUGGUCGCUAUUAUUUGGAUUACUCGAGAAAGGAUGGAAAAGUUGUAUUCCGAUGUUCGACGGUUGCCGGUUGUCGGGCCACGGUAUUUCUGCUGCCGAAUAAAACUCUUUUCGUCCCUCGAGAACUGGUUCACACACAUGGAAUGACCCCGAUAAUGAAGAAUAGCAUAGCAGCAGCCAACCAGUUGGCGAUGUUGGAAAGAAACGCUGGCGCCAAUAUUGACGAUUCGGAAGGUAAUAAGUCGGAAGACGAAGUUCAGCUGAUUGCCGAUCCGGAUCCACUGGAUAUCGAUGCGGAUGAUUCAAUGGAUCAGGACAGUUCCAGAUCUUCCCAAUUACCCCCAUUUAUCGUCUACCAUGGCUAUCAUUACAAGUUCUUCUCCCAAAAUGAACAUGAUAAAACAGCACUCUGGCGUUGCUCUAAUUUUGAAGCAAAACUAAACUGCCCAGCGACUAUUUACACAACGCUCACGGGUCAAGUAAUACGUACUAAUAAUCUAAUGCAUAACCACAAAGCGGAAGCUUAUAACAACGCCGCUGAAAGUAACAGCUUGGCCAGAAGAAAGACUUUGAUCGGAACUCGAGAUUAUAAGAUUGUUAAGAACUGGAAAGGUCGGGACGUUUUAAUUUUCCAGCAAUGUCGGUACUUCCUUCAUUACGUGCGUAAAGACGGUCGCAAGGUUUGGCGCUGUUCGGCCAUCCGGAGUUGUCAUGCCGCUGUCUAUUUGGGUGCCGACGGCCGGGUGGAUUUGGUGAAAGGAGAACAUGUGCACGACAUCCGCGAAGAAGGCGAACCACGGCGCCGCAGACAUAGACGAACAAGGCUGGAAAUAAUGCAAGCUCGGGGUAUCGCCAUGAUGCCAAGCGGCAAUGGAAGCGGUCACCCGCAAGGAAACGGUAGCGAAUGGAUCGAUUAUAGCGACUACAGUAUGGCUGGCAUGCCCGGUAUGAGCAAUAAUAGUGGCGCCGAUAACAACUCCUUAUGGGAUCACUUCAACCCUCAUCAAAUGACGGAUGCACCGACCGGAGGAGAUUUUAGCUAUCAUUCGGUGUUCGGGGGGCAAUCCAAUUUUGCUGACAACUUCGGAAUGAUGAACAGUUCAGCAGCAGUCGAUGAAGACGACGAUGCUGAGGAAUUGCCGCUCGAGCCGGAUGUUAGCUUUCAAGAGGCAGAUAACUUCGACAACCUGGAAGAUGUUCAACAUCUGGAACCGGUCGUGGAACUAGGAGAUGAUUAAAACUUUUAUUUUUCUAUUUUAACCAUUUAUUUUCAAAGCAGAAAUAUUUAAUCAAUUUUUAGCGAAAGAAAACUUAGUUUAAGCGUGUCGCCCCACGAAUCUACCUGAAAUUAGGAAGAAUGUUUAUUUUGGCGAACCAUUUUUGCAAAGUGAAACAAUUGUUACAAAGAGCUAAUUUUCUUCGAACAAAAAAUAAACCAAAAGUAUUUUUUCGGAAAGAUAUCAUUGUGAGACAGUUCAUAAACCGUACGCUAAAUGCAAACAUAGAAAUAUAGAAUGAUUAUUUUUUCCUGAACCCUUCCAUUAAAAAGCAAACAUGAUGAACAAACUGAGAACAACAAGACGUUUCUGAACAAAACGAAUGCAAGAGAUCGAUCAACAGAAUGAGAUGAUUAAUUUAAAAGAACAAAAGAAUAUACUAUUCCUAUAUAUUAGUUCGUAAUACAAGUUGCAACAUCAAAAUAUUAUUUUACUCAGAUCACAUCAAAUAUGAUUCACAUUCACACAAAUACUAAUAGCGAGCGAAGGUGGGAAUCCAUCAAUGCAGCGCACAUCAGUAACCGCAAUCAAAUAAUGCAAACACCACCCAUAGAAAAGCAACAUAAAAAUACAUCGUUCAUAGAGACCUACCCCACCCCAACAUCCCCUGUCUGUUCACCUUUGUUCAAGUACUACAUUAUUCAUAUGAUGCAAAAAUAUAUUAAUAAAAUAUACGGUAUUUAUUAUUAGCUAGA